GACGAGUAUCCCAGGAAGCUAGCGGGUGCAUGCCGAAAGGAAACGAAAAUCCAAAGAACGCGAUUCAAGACCAGUAUUGCACGAUGAAAUGCCUGCGUGGUUUGGCUAAGAAAGGCCCUCUGGAUCCUCAAUGUCCGAACGUCAGAAGACACGGACAUCUAGUCCACAGCAUCAACGCUCGUGAUUUGACGCGUCUCCUGUCUGAUCAAUUAUCGCGCGAUCGGGAAUUUGGUUUCGAGCAGCUACACAUCGUCGGUAGGACUGGUUAUCUCUUGAAAGCCACCAUAUUAUCCCAUGGAUAUACUGUGGUUCUAAAGGCCACUAGCGCCGAGCAGCUUCCAAGCCUCGAGCAAGAAAUCAAAGCCUACCAUCAUCUCCGCUCUCUUCAAGGCACACAUGUUCCAGUAUGCGUGGGGAAUUUCGCUCCGCGCGUUCGGUACUGGUAUCACGGUCAGUUGAUGGCGCAUAUGCUUGUUUUAAGCUGGGCAGGUAUUAGAGCGAACAAGGUUAUGACUGAGCAGACUGCUCCUUCUUUCCGAGAGCAGCGCAAUGAGGUCUUGGAACAGAUCAGUGCGUGUGGUGUCAUUCAUAGUGAUCCAGAAUGGCGCAAUAUACUUUGGAACGAAGAGAUUGGCGGCCUCGUGAUCAUUGAUUUUGAAUCGCCUCCAAAGAGCCCUUGCAGCAGGCGGGCAAUAUUUUAAACAAGACAAAAACUAACAUUUCGAUUACCAUUAGGUGAAUUGCCGGGCAAUCUAGUGGCCCAGGAGUCCACCCUCCCCAGAAAGACAAGUCAAACUGGGCAGUAAGGGUUGUCCAGACCACCUACUGCAAGGCACGGCGUUGAGUAUACCGUCGGCUGGCUUCUAUCGUUGGUAUGGGGGUGGGGGAGGCAGUCCAACUUCCUUAUAUUGAUACGAUCCAUGCUGACCAUGCAUACCGCUAUCCCGCCAUGUGUGGAACCCGGGAAACCCUUUCCAUCUUAUAUAAUUUUCCGAUGCCCAUCUUGUGGGAUUUACGAGUUAC